AUGGUUCACAUACACACCGUGAAUCAAGACGACAAUUUAGAAGUAAGCCUUUUUUUGCCAGGCAUUGCCGAAAGCUGGGGCACGCACAGGCUGAUGCAAAUCACGCCUCUCCAGCGUUGCAGCAAGGACGCAGUGCAGAUUGAGCCUUUUGGGACCCAUGUCGACGCAACACACGCGAUGUGGGGUUCAACCCACAUCACAGCAGGGGAGUCCAACAACAACAGCCUUGCCAAAAGCGAUUGUCCCCCUUGUUGCUUGCAAUCAGUUCAUGCCGAUGUUCCUCUCAUAGCCGAUUUUUAG